AUGUUCAUUGAGACUCGACAAAUUCGAAAAGGAAAACAGCCGGAUGAGGAAACUUCAAGUGUAAUUUCUAAGCUUCAAGAAUCAGUUCAGAAUUCAACUGAAUCUGAGACAUUUAGCUCCUUGUUUGGGAAAGAAAAAUCUGGACGACUUCGUUGCUAUGGAAGAACAAUAACACCUACUAUGCUUAAAAGAAAAGAAGAAAUUCUGGUUAUUAAAAAGCAGCAUAAUGAUGAAGUGGCUGGCAUGAAGAGGGAGAUGGAUGGUAUGAAGGCCCUAUUUAAGACAAUGACAAAGCAACAAAACCCACAUAUGAGCGACGAGGAGAUCUCUAAUUUGAUGGCAACUGCUAUGGGUUGUCCCAUUAGUUCUACUGCUGCUCCUGCUGAUCCACAUUCGUCUACAUCAACUCAUAUUCCGCAUUGCGAACAGGGUGGAGACGAACAAGAUUGUGAUGAAGAUAUGGAAGAAGCUUGUGAUGAUCAUGAAGAUGUGGAAGAAGGUUGUGCUGAAGAUGUGGAAGAAGGUUGUGCCAAAGAUGGUGGAGAAGAUCUAGAAGAAUAG